AACAUAUAGCGUAGAUGGUGAGUUAGACAGAGAAGGGCAGAGCGAGAGAGCGAGAGGCAUGGAAAUGGAGUUGGAGCCCCGGGUGAAACCUUUGCCCUACAAGGUGAAAGCCACAUCGAGGGAGUCGCCAUCUCAGAAGGCCACUCACGUCCUCGAUUCCGACCUCCGCACCCACUGGUCCAGCGGCACCAACACCAAAGAGUGGAUUUUACUUGAACUCGACGAGCCUUGUCUGCUAUCACAUGUACGGAUUUAUAACAAGUCUGUGCUUGAAUGGGAAAUUGCAGUUGGCUUGCGUUACAAGCCAGAGACAUUUGUCAAAGUUCGCCCACGCUGUGAAGCACCUCGACGUGACAUGGUGUACCCCAUGAACUACACCCCAUGUCGCUAUGUGCGAAUAUCUUGUUUGCGGGGAAAUCCCAUAGCUAUUUUCUUUAUUCAGCUGAUUGGUGUUUCGGUCACUGGUCUUGAUCCUGAAUUUCAACCAGUUGUUAAUUACUUGUUGCCUCAAAUCAUAUCACACAAACAAGAUGCUCAUGAUAUGCAUCUUCAGUUGCUUAAAGACCUGACAGAUCGGUUGCUUGUGUUCCUUCCACAACUUGAGGCAGACCUUACAAGCUUUUCUGAUUCUGCUGAGCCUAAUUUACGUUUUCUUGCUAUGCUUGCUGGUCCAUUUUAUCCAAUACUCCACAUUGUGAAUGAACGAGCAACAGGAAAGUCUCUCAGCAGUAUUACAGACUCUGAAGGCUCUAAGAAUUGUCAGCUAUCAUCGGCCUUAACUGUUUCUUCUAACUUUGAGCCUCAGAGGUCACGCAUGUCACCUUUUGUCUUUUCCACAUCCAGUUCCAUUGCAUUUCGUCCUGAUUCGAUUUUCGUGCUGUUGAGAAGGGCAUAUAAAGAUUUUGAUCUGGGAACUGUUUGCAGAAUGGCUUCCAGAAUCCUUCAGAAGUUCAUAGAGCCUGUUACAGUGCAAGAAGCAUCAACCUCUCCUAAUGCAGCAACCCCUGAUGAGGACGAGACAUCAAAACCUGAAUUAUCUAAUUCAUUUCCUGUAGUAGAUUACUCAGAUUUGUUUGGAGAAGAAUUUCGUAUUCCUGUUGAUCCCUGGGACUCCAGCUAUCUUAACAUCUUAGAUUUAGGGGAAGUGGAAGAGGGGAUUUUACAUGUUCUUUAUGCUUGUGCGUCACAGCCUCUACUUUGCAGCAAAUUGGCGGAGGGAACUUCUGACUUCUGGUUUGCAUUACCUCUUGUACAAGCAUUGCUACCAGCACUUCGCCCUACUGUGAACAGUCCUUUUGAUGUUGUUGAUGAAAGUUUUUCGCAAUGGAAGCAGCCUAUUGUGCAACAAGCCCUAUCUCAGAUUGUGUUGACAUCAGCAUCAUCAUUAUACCGUCCACUUCUUCAUGCCUGUGCUGGCUAUUUAUCGUCAUUUUCGCCAUCACAUGCAAAGGCUGCAUGCGUUCUGAUUGAUCUGUGUGCCAGUGCAUUUGCACCUUGGAUGGCUCAAGUGAUUGCAAAGAUUGAUCUGGCUGUGGAACUUCUAGAGGAUCUCUUGGGUAUAAUCCAGAGUGCUCGCCAUUCCCUAACUCGUGCUCGGGCCGCCUUAAAGUACCUUCUUCUUGCUCUGUCUGGUCAUAUGGAUGAUAUACUAGGGAAGUAUAAGGAAGCUAAGCACAGAAUUCUUUUUCUCGUGGAGAUGCUUGAGCCUUUUCUUGAUCCUGCCAUAACCACCAUGAAGAGCACACUACCUUUUGGAGAUUUUUCUUCUACUUUUCCGGAAAAGCAAGAACAUGCUUGUGUGAUUGCCAUCAAUGUUAUCCGGACAGCGGUAAGAAAGCCAGCCGUUCUUCCUUCUUUGGAAUCUGAAUGGAGGCGUGGCUCGGUGGCCCCUAGCAUACUUCUCUCAAUACUGGAACCUCACAUGCAGUUGCCUCCUGAAAUUGAUCUUCGCAAGUAUCCUAUGUCGAAACCACUUGAGCCUGAUUCUUCAAAUAUUUUACAUCUUUCCUCUGUCCCUUGCGAAGGAGGAGCUUCUUCAAAAUUAAAUAGCCAAGAUGACUAUGAUGGAAGGGCAGAUAUUUCUGAUGCAGCCAUGAAGACUGAUGUUUCUGAAGACGUCCGCCUAUUUUUUGCACUUCCAGAACUUCAGAGCAUAGCUCUGACAAAUUUUACUGGUGGUCAAGACGAGAAUGGCCCUGUUUCUAACCAUGAGGAGGCUAUCUCAGAUCCAAUACAGGGGACCGAGGAAAAUGUUACUCACCGGAUUCAUACUGACUUAGCAUUAGAUGCUGGUUUCACUGCUGAAUACUUUAACUUGCAUGCAGAUUAUUUACAACUCAUAAAUUAUCGAGACUGUGAGCUAAGAGCUUCUGAGUUUCGGCGUUUGGCUUUGGAUCUACACUCUGAGAGUGAGAUUACAGAUGAGGGUCACGAUGCUGCUAUAGAUGCUUUGCUCCUAGCAGCAGAGUGCUAUGUCAAUCCCUAUUUUAUGUUGUCUUUUAAAGGCAGUCCAAAAUUUAUGGACCAGAUGAACAUUAGCAAGGCUAGAAUUCCCCAAAAUCAUGACAUUUUGGAGCUGAGAAUGGUUUCUGAAAAGAGUAAAACCAAUCUAAAACAAAUAGCUCAUUUUGAAAAGAAAAGAGACAAAAUUGUUCUUCAAAUACUGAUUGAGGCCGCUGAAUUAGACAGGAAGUAUCAGGAAAGAAUGUCAGUUGAGGGACAACAUUCCUCCUACACUGAAGGAUUUGAUGAGAAAGUCAUCCAGCUAUCUCCCUGGAUAUACAAUUGGCUGAUGCUAUCACCUUGGUUCGGCAAAAUCAAGCCCUAUUGUGCAACUUUCUGAUUCAACGAUUGCGGAGAGAGCAACAUUCGAUGCAUGAAAUUCUGAUGCAAAGUCUUGUGUUUUUGUUGCAUUCAGCCACUAAGCUAUACUGUGCUCCUGAAUAUGUGAUUGAUAUAGUGUUAGGAUCUGCUGAGUACUUAAAUGGUAUGCUAACAUCCCUUUAUUGUCAGUUUAAAGAUGGCAAUUUACAACUGGAGCCUGAGAAAAUACAUGGGAUACAACGACGGUGGAUACUUCUUCAAAGACUAGUAACCGCUUCAAGCAGUGGUGAUGAAGGGGCAGGCUUUGCGAUCAA